GACAACCGCCCGGUUUCGACAACACAGUGAGAGCGACUGCUCCGUCACCAAGCGGUGGUUGAAACAGUUAGAAACAGAAAGAUAAAAGCGUAAAGAUGGAGGAUAGCACUAGUCGGUGUAUGAAUAUUCUUAAUAAAGUGAACAACGAUGUUAUUAACCAGAUCUGUCACGCUUGUAUCGACGAAAUUUGUGGGCGGAAGCGGAUGACAUUUCAACAGUUUACCAACAGUGUUCAGUGGACGGAGGAGGAAUAUGAAAUUAUCCGAGCAUUUUUUUCCGGAUUAUUCCGAAAUCCAGCGCUCUUAUACCUUGAAGAAGAAAAGAUGCCACAGCAGUACAAUGACGCAUCUGCUGAAUUACAAGUUACCAUACGCAAAUGUGUGAGCGUACGCAGAGAACAACUAGUAAAUGCAUUGUUAAAAGAACAUUCGAUCAAAAAUGGGACUACCUUAUUAGACUUUGAUUGGAGAUUGAAGUGGGUCAUGGGAUCCAGCAAACUGGCCACUUUGAGAGAGCCUCUUCUGCAACUGGACCUCAUUGUUGAAGACAAAAAAAGUCAGCGAAUUUUGGAUCUUGAAUUAAACAGAAACGAACUCGACAUGUUGAUAACUGCUUUGGAAGAAGUUGGGAGCUGUUGAGCUGAACCUCAUAGGACUCAUAGAACAUUUUUGAGAUAUUAAAAUAAUAUUCUGAAGGUAUCGCUAUCAAAAAGUAGAAUAAAACGAUCUACACUUUGUAUGCAUUUUCGUAUGAUAAUAUUCGCGAUAUAUAAAUAACCAAAUUUAUUGUACGGCAGAUUUUUAAUAAAAAAAAAUAAACAUGACAAAGAAA